AAAAUAAAGAAACAUAUACACAAAACAAAAAAUACAAAAACCUAAAACAUGGAUAAUUGGAAUGUUUUGACAGCCCACCAAUCGGCCAUUGGCGGCCGGGAUGAUAUUAAUUUGGUAUCCAAAGAGAAAUUGACUAUUGAAAAACUUCCGGACAAAGUAAUUUUGCAAAUUUUCUCUUACUUGUCACAUCGUGAAAUUUGUCGCUUGGCCAGAGUAUGUCGUCGCUGGCGCCAAAUUGCCUAUGAUACCCGUUUGUGGAAGAAUGUCUCACUAAGGCCUGAGGUGUCUGGUUUACAUGUGGGAUCAUUGGAGUCGCUGCUGUCUUUGAUUGCCGUACGUUUUGGACCAACAUUGCGUUACAUUGAGCUGCCGAUUGAGUUGAUUACCCACACGGUACUGCAUGAAUUAUCCGCCAAAUGUCCCAAUUUGACACAUAUGCUACUGGAUUUCUCAACUGCUAUGCAAUUGCACGAUUUCAGUGAAAUGCAAGCCUUCCCCACCAAAUUGCGCUACAUGUGCAUUUGCCUGUCGGAGGUCAUCUUUAUGGAAGGUUUUAUGCGUAAAAUCUACAAUUUCAUCAAUGGCCUGGAGGUGUUGCAUCUAAUCGGUACCUAUGAAAAAUGCGAAGAGGAAGAGGAGGAAAUCUACGAAGUUAUCAAUGUACACAAAUUGAAAUCGGCUACACCAAAUCUGAGGGUCAUCAAUUUGUAUGGCAUCAAUUUCAUUGAUGACUCGCAUAUCGAUGCCUUCAGCUCGAACUGUAUUCAGUUAGAAUGUUUGGCCGUGAAUUUUUGCAAUAAAGUCACAGGCUCAACAUUAAAAACUUUAAUCCAACGCUCGAAACGUUUAACCUGUCUGCUAAUGAAUGGCACGAGUUUGAAAUCUGAGUUUGUCAUGCAAGUAGACUGGGAUAAAUGUGCCUUGCAAGAGUUGGAUAUUACAGCAACCGACUUAUCUACCGAAUGUUUGGUAGACAUGUUGACACGUAUACCGAAUUUGCGUUUCUUGUCCGCGGGUCAAAUCAAUGGCUUUAAUGAUACGGUCUUGAAGCAGUGGAUGGAAUCGGGAAUGACAAGAUCUUUAAUGUCCAUUGAUUUGGAUUCAUCGGAUAAUGUAUCCGAUGAUGGUUUACAAAAGUUUUUGACCCGUCAUGGUCAACAAUUGAGUGCGUGCUGUUUGUCUGGCAUGCCUCACAUCACCGAUCAGCUAUGGAUGAGUAUUUUACCCGUCUUGACCAAUGCUAAGAUCCUGGUUAUGGGUACUUCGGAAAAAUUAGGUGUCAAUAUUCAUGUUGAUCAACUGAUGGACACCAUUGCUUCAAGCUGUGGAAAUUUGGAACGUUUGGAAUUAAGAUGGGAUCCAGACAAUUUACGUUUUUCGGAUAAGAGUCAAAAGGCCAUCGACUUGUUGCGCGUUAAAUGUUUGAAAUUGCGAUGCAUGGUGUUGAGUGAUGGUCGUUAUUAUGAAACGGUUAAAGCCAAUUUUGAACGUGCCGAUCGUGUUACCGUUGUACGCACAACCACCUGUUGUCGUGUAUCACCCUAUCAUUUGUUAAGUAAUUAUAAUGAUUUAAUUUUCAAUUAA